UUAGGGCUAUUUGAAUUUGGAGCGUCCACAAGCCGGCAUUCGCAGUUCUUGUCGCAAUGCCGAAGCAAAUUCAUGAGAUCAAAGAUUUCCUUCUCACUGCAAGAAGGAAGGAUGCUCGUUCCGUGAAAAUCAAGAGGAGCAAAGAUGUGGUGAAGUUCAAAGUUCGAUGCUCUAAGUAUCUGUAUACUCUCUGUGUUUUCGACUCUGAGAAAGCAGACAAGUUGAAGCAAUCUCUUCCACCAGGUUUGAGUGUGCAAGAUCUGUGAAAGAAUGGUUAAAGUUUCUCGAAUGCAAUCACAAGAACAGGACUAGAUUUUUUUUUUUUUUUCUAUUUUUCGUUGGGAUCUUUUUUCCAAGUAUUUCGAAUACUUCUAAAUUGGAUUUGAGGUUGUAGUAAUCCAUAUUCCCUUCAUUUCCCAGUGGGGUUAAUGGAAAUUUAGAAUUGUUAUGUCUGAGUUUAUUGUGUGGGUACCCAGUUGUUUCACUAAAACUAUCUUACUCUUGCAGUGUUUCUUUAACCAACAUUAGCUUUGAUAUGC